AUGUCUGAUGACAAGGACGAUCUUCUUGCACAAGCAGUGGAAAAUGAUGCUAAUUACGAGGAGAGAGUAAGUAAGAUUAAGUCCCAGGAUAUAAUUGACUCGAAAUAUGGUUUUAACCGUUAUACUGCUCCUGCCGAAAGGAAUGCUUGGCUUGUAAAUAUUCAACCUUCGGAAAUCGUCGAUGAACAAACCAAAAUGAUUGUGUCAGCUGUGGACUUUUAUUUUAUCGAAGAAAGUGGCCAAAGAUUCAAGAUUUCCUACCCUUUCCGACCUUAUUUUUACAUUUCCACUGUGAACGACUCCGAAUAUCAAGUAGCUUCAUAUCUCACCAAGAAAUAUAACAGUUUUAUAAUCGUCGAACAUGUCGAGAAAGAAGAUUUAGAUUUGAAAAAUCACUUAUCAGGUUUACAAAAAUUGUACAUUAAGCUAUCAUUCCCAUCUCUUAAUGAGUUGAAUCGAGUAAAGAAAGAUCUGAUGCCGACAAUUCGUAAGAACAAGGAUAGAGUUAAAAAGGAAUCUCAAUACGUCAGUUUCUUGGCUAGAAAUAUGGGUGGGGAGAACUACAAACAUCGAGAAAACGAUAUUUUAUCGGACAUCCUUGAUAUCAGGGAACACGAUCUCCCUUUUCAUAUGAGAGUUGCUAUUGACAAAAAAAUAUUUGUUGGAAAAUGGUACGCCGUUAAGGGCUUAACGGCUCAAAGGAUACCUUCAAUCUUAAAUCACCCUACUCUUAUUGAUCCAGUAGACCCAGUAGUACUAGCGUUCGAUAUUGAAACAACGAAGUUACCGUUGAAGUUCCCGGAUGCUCAGACUGAUGAGAUUAUGAUGAUAUCGUAUAUGAUUGAUGGAAAGGGAUUUCUCAUUAUUAACCGUGAAAUUGUAUCGGCUGAUAUCGAAAAUUUUGAAUAUACACCGAAAGAAGAAUAUAAGGGAGAAUUCACAGUGUGGAAUGAAUCUGACGAAGCAGCCACUCUUCGAAAGUUUUUUGAUCAUAUCCUUGAAGUUCAACCAAAUGUAAUCGUCACUUAUAACGGAGACUUCUUCGAUUGGCCAUUUGUCGAAACACGAGCACGAAUCCGAGGAAUUGAUAUGGAAGAUGAGAUCGGCUUCGCCAAAGAUAACCAGGAUGAAUUCAAGUGUAGAAACUGUAUUCAUAUGGAUGCUUUCCGUUGGGUAAAACGUGAUUCGUAUCUGCCUGUUGGAAGUCAAAAUCUAAAGGCUGUAGCUAAAGCUAAACUUCGUUAUGAUCCCGUGGAAGUUGAUCCUGAGGAAAUGUGUAGAAUGGCCCGAGAAGACCCACAGAAUCUCUCGAACUAUUCUGUUUCUGAUGCAGUGGCUACAUAUUAUCUUUACAUGAAAUACGUGCAUCCAUUCGUGUUCGCUCUCUGUACAAUCAUUCCUUUGGGGCCUGACGACGUUUUGCGCAAAGGUUCUGGUACUCUUUGCGAAGCUUUAUUGAUGGUUGAAGCUUUCCACAAUAACAUCGUCUUCCCGAAUAAGUAUACAGGAAACGAAGAAACUCAAAUGACAAAAGAUGGACACAGAAUCGAAAGUGAGACUUAUGUUGGAGGCCACGUAGAAGCAUUAGAAGCGGGAGUUUUCCGAGCUGAUAUUCCAUGCAGGUUCCGAUUGGUUGCGUCUGCCCUUGAAACACUGAGAGAUGAUGUUCCAAAAACUAUAGAGAAGGAGUUGAUUCGAGAGUUCGGUAUUCCUUUAGAAAAUGUUGUCGACUUCGAAGAAAGAUGUGCUGAAGUACAAGAAAUGUUCACCGAUAUGAUAAACAUUCCUUCGCGCUUGGAAAAACCUCGUAUUUACCAUUUAGACGUUGGAGCUAUGUACCCGAACAUCAUUUUAACUAAUCGCCUGCAGCCUUGUGCUAUGGUUGACGAGGAGACUUGUAUGGCUUGUGUUUAUAACAAACCUAACGCAGAAUGCAAACGGAGCAUGGCAUGGGAAUGGCGUGGAGAACUGACUCCGGCUACCAGAGGAGAAUACCAGCAGAUUAUGCAACAGCUCGAAGGAGAAACUUUUGGUAAACCUCCGAAAGCUUUCCAUCAGUUACCGCGAGAAGAAAGAAAUAUGAUUGAGAAAAAACGCAUACAAGACUACAGUAGGCGUGUCUAUGGAAAAACUCAUCUUACACGGUUAGAGAUGCGGGAUACUACUAUAUGUCAAAGAGAGAAUGCUUUUUACGUCGAUACAGUCAGAAACUUCCGAGACAGACGAUAUGACUACAAGGAACUCCUCAAAAAAGCCAAGAACGCUCUGGAUGAGAUUCCGAAAGAUGAUGUAGGUUCUAUCAAAGCAGCACAAGGUCGUGUUGUUCUGUAUGAGUCUCUUCAACUUGCUCACAAAUGUAUUUUGAAUUCUUUCUAUGGAUAUGUAAUGAGAAAAGGAAGUAGAUGGUUUUCAAUGGAAAUGGCAGGAAUCGUUUGUCAUACCGGAGCAAAUAUUAUCAGAGAAGCUAGGAAAUUGGUUGAGCAGAUCGGAAAACCUUUGGAGUUGGACACAGACGGUAUCUGGUGUUUAUUGCCUGGUACCUUCCCUGAGAAUAUCACGUUCAAGCUCAAAAAUCAUAAGAAAAAUUCAAUCACAGUUUCCUAUCCAGCUGCUAUGCUUAAUGCUUUGGUCAAUUUGACUUUUACUAAUGAUCAGUACCAUACAUUAGAACAAGAUGGAAGUUAUAGGAUCUCCUCAGAAAACUCUAUCUUUUUCGAAGUUGAUGGUCCAUAUCAGUGUAUGGUUUUACCUGCUUCUAAAGAAGAAGGAAAAAAGUUAAAGAAAAGAUAUGCUGUUUUCAAUUUCGAUGGAAGUUUGGCUGAACUGAAAGGCUUCGAAGUGAAGCGUAGAGGAGAGUUGAAUAUCAUCAAACACUUUCAAUCUUCUGUGUUCAAAGCUUUCUUACGAGGCGACUCUUUACCAGAAUGUUAUGAAAGUGUAGCCAGAGAAGCAGAUUACUGGUUGGACGUUCUCUUUUCACGUGGUGUGGAUCUUCAUGAUGCUGAACUUUUUGAUUUAAUUUCUGAAAAUCGAUCAAUGUCUCGAAAGUUAGACGAUUAUGGAGCACAGAAAAGUACUAGUAUAAGAACUGCUAAGCGUUUAGCUGAGUUUUUGGGAGAAGACAUGGUUAAAGAUGCUGGUUUAGCUUGUAAAUUUGUUAUCUCAAAACAUCCGAUUGGCUCACCUGUUACCGACCGUGCUGUACCUGUUGCUAUAUUCCAGGCUGAUUCGAAAACAACAGCUCAUUACUUACGUUUGUGGACCAAACAGAGCAGUAUCACACCAGAUAAUAUAGACAUCCGCGAUCUACUUGAUUGGGAUUACUAUGUUGAACGUCUUGGUAGUUGUGUCCAGAAGAUUAUUACUAUUCCUGCAGCCUUACAAGGAGUAGCAAAUCCUGUCCCCCGAAUAGCACAUCCAGAUUGGCUGGACAAUAAAAUUAAGAAUAGAUUCGACUCUAUUCGUCAGCCUAGGAUAACUGACUUGUUCUCAAAAGUUGCGAAGCCUGUGACUGAUUUGAACACUCAUGGAAAGAGAACGUUGGCGAAUAGUGAUGGUAAUGAUGAAGACGUUUUGGUAGAUGAUAGUAACAAGGAAAAUGAACCAAAACGCUCUAAGAAUGUACCUAAGGAACCGGAGCCUGAGAUCAUUGAGAAGAAGACGAUCGCUGAGCACGGUUUCGAGGAAUGGUUAUCGUUCCUGAAGAAAAAAUGGAAGUUGCAACGAAAACAAAGAGCUGCUAGAGCUGCAGAGAAAGGAUGUUCUGCGGUAGAUAGAAUGAUAACAAGUAAUCGUGAGAGGAUCAAAGAAAGAACUUGGCAGAUUCUGUCGAUCGAAGAGAAUUAUAAGAGUCCCGGAUACUUCAAUAUUUGGGUAACUGUCGAUGGACAAAUGAACAAAUACUCGUUGAGAGUUGAACGUUCUCUUUACGUGAAUGCAAAGAAUCCAAGACCUGGCAAAAACACUAUCCGAAAAACUUUGCCUCAUCGUCGAGAAGCGCAUUUCCUCUAUGAGUAUAAAACAGACGAAGCUGAUUUCCAAAAGCAACUGAAUCAAGCUAAUGCGGAGUUGUGUAGUGCUGAAAUAGAAGGAAUAUAUGAAUCUCAAACACCGUUGCUCUUCCGAGUAUUAGUUAGCCUGGGAUGUGUGUGUCGCCCUACAAUGCCACCUGUAGCUGGAUCCUAUUCAUUAGAAAGUCUCAAAAUGCUCUCGCUUGCAACAUCGCAAACUGACUAUCUACAACAAUCACAAAUGCGUUCAGUUUUCUUUUACAAGUUUUCACAGGAUACCCGCCAGAUUUGGUGUAUAAUCGAUGCUGCUUCAAAAGAAGGAAUAUUCUAUAUAGUAUCACGCGGAGAACUAGCGAUACCUAAUUUGGAUAAGAUUUACACAAAGAUGUGGGAAGAAAAGAAAACUGAGCUCGAUGUCAUCCGUUUGUCAGAAAUUCGAGAAGAAAUCAAAUUUUCAUCGAAAAUUUUUGGCAGUGUCAAGGAUUGUGAAAAGGAUAUUGGACGUUGUCUGCGAUCAUAUAGAGAAGCAACCACAAAGCCUUCUAUUCUUAUUAUGAUUGUUGAUGAAGAACCACACCUUUUGACUAAAAAAGUUCCUAAUUUAUCCCUCUUCCCUCAUAUUAAGUUGCAUAUCAACGAACCGUCGAACCUUCUAGGCCAGCUGGACUGGCAGAAAGUCAUGGCAUCUCGUAUUAUCAAACAUUAUUUCCACUCAUUUUACUAUCUUGAUGAUUAUGCGCUAUGGAGUCGACAUCUACACAUUCCUAUUGGAAACGUUCCUGUGGACCCUGCGAUGAUGGGAAUAGACUUGUUUUUCGCUCGUCAGCUCAAUAAUGCAGGGCAUGUACUAUGGGCUUCUCCAACAAAUAGACCUGAUCUAGGAGGAAAAGAACUUGAUGAUCUAAGGUUAUCGAUUGAUUGGAAGCCUCUAGACCGGGAUCAGUCUGUUCUACUUAACAAGCCUUGCUUUGUCCCAAAGGCGUGUGUAGAAUUGGAAAUAGGAGCAGCAGCUGUUACAUCCUUGGUUCAGCGCGGAAGAUUGUUGGAAGCCGAAGGUGCUGACGACAAUGUCACUUUUGAUACCACCGCUGUAGUAGCUGUUGAUUCUGUAUUGGGGGCCAAAAAUGCUCUAUCUUCUUAUGAUGAAGGAGCUUCAGUUGAUGGCGCUAUAAAAAUUCUCAAACAGUUAAUGGCAGAUUGUGUUCGACAAAUUACGCAUGGAGCUAGCAAGCAGGCUGAUGAGAUGGCUGUCUCUCUCAAUCGAUGGUUACAUACACCUUCAAAUCUCCUCUACGAUCCUGCUAUCACCAGAAGUAUUGCUGUAUUAGAAAUGAAACUAGUUCUUCUGUUAGCAGCAGAGAUUGAAAGAUUAGGAGGAAAGGUUGUUCAUGCCACUCAAACCAAACUUGUCUUGUGUACCAACAGGGAUAGCUGUGAGAAAGCCUUAGACUUUGCCGAAAUGCUGAUAAGGUCUCUGGGCAACAACCCUCUUUUCGCUGCCCUAUCCAUCAGAACAAUCAACUGUUGGGAUGCUCUUUUGUGGAGAGAUGGUUACAACUAUACGGGAAUCGGUGAGAAAUCAGUUUGUAAACUAGAAGCUGAUGAAGAUGGUAAUGAGCUAGAGAUUGUAACAACACAACCUGUCACUCAUACCCGUUGGAGAAUAGCGGAUAAUCUACCGACCGAUGGUGCUGUCAAAGAUGAGUUCGCCAAAAUAGUUUCUGGUUAUGUGUUGCUUUUUGUUCAAAAGCAGAAAGAGAUGGAAUUCGACGAGGAGUCUGGGGUUCUUUUCCGUAGUGAUCUAAUAGUUAAGCACAUCGGCCAUAGGCUAGUGCGAUUGAUAAACAAUCUUUCAACUCAGAAAAAAGACGGGUUGGUUGCAGCAACGACUUUAGUUGAUAGAAUUUGUGCAGCCUUAAAAUGUGAUGAAGGUUGUGAGGAUGCCAUUGAUGUACUCAAAGAGACAUGUAAAAGAUUGUUGGAAGGACAGCCUCCAUUAAGCCUGCCUCCUACAAUCUUUGUUGCUAAUUUGUUCUGUAGUAGUUGUGGUCAAUCAAGUGAUGUAGAUAUCGGUGAUUCCAUAGCUUGGACAUGUACUGGAUGUGAUAAGUCUCAUAGUGCAAGUGUAGUUGAUAACGCUGUGACCGAGAGACUCAAUCAGAUGCUAACUGCCUACUUGUUACAAGAUCAUUCUUGCGAUAAAUGCAAAGGAAUUCGCCGAGAUUACUUGUCAAAGCUCUGUGAUUGUUGUGGACCGUAUGUGAAUUCAAUUAGCUCAAAUGAUCUGCUCGCGAAUGCUGAGGCCGUGAUGGAUAUCGCGGAGAAUAAAGAGGGUCUCAUAAAGGCGAACGAAUUAGCGGGGUGGAUCCGUCAUUCAAUCGGAUCUGAAUAA